AUGCCGACCCCCCACCUACACCCCAGGUCGCGCAUGACCUCGUCCCUUUUUGCGACCACCGUACUGGCCAGCUUUCUCGUCGUCGCCCUGCCCCACGCCCUACCGUGCCCGGCGCCCAGGCGCGCGCUGGCCGACGUCGGCGACCCUGCCUCUACGGAUCCCAACGCUUGCCCCAAAAGGAGAAGACGGAGGAAAAUCGAUGAUGGUGCUGUGACGGGGUCGGAAGAAGGUAGCGACGUGGUCGAGUUCAACGGAGGUGAUUGCGAAGGGAAGUGUGCUACCACUGCGACUACCCGCCGCAGGCAUCGCGAGUGCCCUGUGCCGAAGCCCGGUGGGAUUUUGGGCGAGUGGCUGGGGUUUAAUAAGCCGACGACCACUACGAACCCGAUGAAUACAGAGACGACUAAGACAUCGCCACAGAGCCAGAGGUGA